UUAAGAAAGAUGUUUGCGAAUGGCUGGUAUCAUGCGCAUUGAGAAAUUGUUUUAUAUUACACAGACUUUGCCAAGCGACGACCAAAGUUUUUACGCGACAACCCCGCAGCUGGAUCUGAACUUCGUGUUGCAAUCCUGCAAGGGCUUCGAGACCGAUAGCAGCAAUAGGGAUUUUGGCCAGGACUGCUCGUCCAUGUCGAGGUCGAUGACGAAUUACUUCUCUCAUGGUCGCGUGAGAAAUACCUAUCAUUCGAAGGUCACGUUCACCGACAACAAACCUUUCGGUUGUCCCAAGUGCGGCCGCUGCUUCACUGUCAAGGGCAAUAUGACCAGGCACUACAAGUACGAGUGCGGUCAGGCGCCGCGCUUCCAGUGCCCUUAUUGCGAGUUCCGCAGCAAGCAGACGUCCAACGUGAUGUCUCACAUUAGGACCAGGCAUCCCGGUCAGAAGGUCUACGUAGUGCACCUCAAAUACGAGGACAAAUAAAGGAAAAGGACGACCGCAGACAUUGCAAUCUCGCAUGACGACAGUGAUUUUCUCGAUUUGAAACGAGCAGGGAACCGCACUCGUGUGAAGAGAACGAAUCGUUUGGGAAAUUUGAAAAAUUUUUAUCGGACAGGUCUUAUAUGAUCACAUUUCUCGCGCAAUCAUUCAAGCGUCUAGUAUGAUCGUGUGUCCAAUCCGAUGUAUCAACAUUCGUUGAAAUAGACCAGACAUGUGAAUUAUUUAUUGCUCACGAUUUUACACGACAAGAUGUCUUAUGAACGUCCUUAGCUAUUAAGAGUUUCGCGAGCGCGGUGCGGUUCCUACGUCAUUGGUCGGAUGAUAUUUAAUCUGGAUAUCGUGUAAAUAUCAAUUACAAUACCUGAUGCAAUAAUCGAGGGCAGAAGCGCGGAUGUUCGUUAGCAAUUGCUUAGCCAUAUGACUUCGUCGUGGGGUCUGCUGUUGAUGAAACGCGAAAUGGCGAACCGUGUAAAAUUUGUAGCGGCUGAAAUAGUGGGACUCAGUAUUAUCGUCAGAUAUUCUCUCCGUCUUUACACAUUACGAAAUAUCUCCAUGCUUAGCAGUUAAUGAACCGGCGCGCGGAAUUUCUCGAUGUGCUACUUGAAAUUAUGACAUUUCUGAAACGCUAUCAGUUCAGCCUCGGCGAUGUGAGUCAUGUGAGGCUUUCAAAGUACGCGAGAAAAAGGUCUUCAGCGCAAGCACAUUCCGAGUUUCGGCAUUCGCGCGCUAUCCAAUAAGCAAUCUUUCGAUUAUUAGGGGCUUUAAAAGAGUCGUAUGUUUUUUAAAAUGUAGAUGUAUACCUAUAAACAUUCAGGUUGUGAGGUUAAUGAUGGGACACGAGGAAACAUUUGCAUGCGUCUAAAUGUACUAGGUAUGAUCAGACUAGGUAUGAGCGCCGAGUCGCGACUGGUUCGUAUUAUUAGUAAAAAAUUUGUUCGAUUUUACAAUUGACAAAUCGGAAUUGUUAUAGACGACGAGCGACGCGCUAAACGAACACGGAUGCUCGUCAUCAAGACUGAAUUGUUACUAACGGGAGCAGAAAGUCUGAGAGAACAGGGUUUUAAGCGGUCGGAACAAACGUAGUUACCUUCUGUUUGAUCACGAUAUAGAAUCACGCGCUGCCGUGACUUUGUUCUUACAUGAAGACGCAUCGUACACAAGAAACACUAAUAGCAAUCGAUAAUAUAGAAUAUAUUUCACCUAUCAACGUCGCGAAAGUAGAUGGAAGUAUUGCUCUUCAUGUAUCGCGGAAACACCAGUUUGUCACACGUUCGGUUCUUUCGCGAUUUGAUUAUCGCGGCACGUGCCUGCUUUCGUUUUUUGCAAUCGUAUCGCAUCCGCGCGGAUGGAAGGGUCUUUUAGAGACACGAAACACGUUAGUGACCGACUGUUUUUGUUGCUGUGAUAUAAUUAUUCGUGUAGCGAUAUAAGUGUAUUUGACUAACUACAUACGCGAUGAAGCUACGUUAAUCACGUUAUCCGCCGUCGCGCGUAGAAACGAGUGUUCGUCAUUCGUUCCGUUAUCAUACAUAAGAUAAGGUGGUACAGUUUCGAACAUGGUACAAUUCUGAAUGAAAUAAAAUUUGAAUCCAAUUUUUGAAGCUCAAGUUUGAUUUUUUUCCUGUUUAGUACUCUUCAAUAUCCUCCAAUAAGAUCAGAGUUAUUAAACUUGAACCUCGAAAAUUGGAUUAUUUUACAAUAUUAAAGUAUCAUAUUAGACCGCGAUGUG